AGAAGCAGCGUGUAGUGUUGCUUAAUUGUUUGGUUGGCCCGGUCCGCGUGCGUCAAGUCAAGUGCGAGCUGGUAAAAGUUAAUUCAUAUUGGAGUCGGAAUCCUCGUCAAGCACAACUUGUUAAUAGUUGCACGAGAGUUCAUUCAUACUGGUCGGUGAAUAGCCUUUGUUCUCAGCUGAAAGCAGAGACGUCGUGAGCUGGAGCAGCGAGAGUUUUUCUUUCACACUGGCGAAUUGCUGUAUUCACUAGCGGAAUUACCCUGACCUGUUAUCAGGGACCUGUUUUAACCUGUCAUGCCCUGUUGAUUGUGGGUGUGUUUGUUCAUGAAAGUGAGCACAUGAUCUGGCACUGCAGGUGUAUAGGUGUGUAGCUUGUGACUCAGCUAGUUGUUCUAAGGAUUUCACACCUGUGAGGCAAGCAAGCACGUUAUGGCAAAAAAAUAGCCCAUUUCAACCUCUUUCAGUCAAUGUAACAUAUCAAUAUAUUUUAUUUUACAUUACAUUAUUACAUUGUUAUAAUAACGUGUAGUCUAAUGGUCUAUUGAAAGUUUGACUAGUUGGCUACACCACUUCGAUGGGAGGGAGAAGAGGUAGGCUAUACAACAUAGAAGUGAGAUAUGCUGCAAUACUGCUGGGAGAAGACGUAUACAACAUAGAACUUUAGGUCACAUUCCUGGCUGACGUCUCACAUCAGCCUCUGUGGGGCCUAUAUUAGCAGCAGAGGGGAAGGUCUACACAUGAACCUUGUUGGUCUGACAGGUGACAUCCUGAGAGAGAAGAGAGAAAGCAGCACUCUGCAGGGAUGGGAUACUUGUUUUUUUUUUCCACUGAAACAUGGACUCUCCUCUUUCUAUUUUUGGGCCUGCUGACAGCGUAUGGGGUCUGGCCUUACAGGUUUUUUAAAAACCUAGGAAUCCCCGGCCCUACACCAUUACCUUUUCUUGGGACCCUUCUGGAAUAUAGAAAGGGGUUCACUCAGUUUGACACCGAGUGUUUCAAGAAGUAUGGAAAACUAUGGGGUACCUUUGAUGGGAGACAGCCUAUUCUGUCUGUGUUGGAUAAGACCAUCAUCAAAACAGUCAUGGUGAAAGAAUGCUAUCGGCUCUUCACCAACAGAAGGAAUCUACGCAUAAACGGACCGCUGAACGACGCCGUGACUGUUGUUGAGGACGACGACUGGCGCCGUAUCCGGAGUGUUCUGUCUCCGUCUUUCACCAGCGGACGCCUGAAAGAGAUGUUUGGCAUCAUGAAGACGCACUCAAAGACGCUGGUCAGGAACCUGAGGCGGGAGGCUGUCCAGGGCAAACCAGUGGAUCUCAAAGAGUUUGUUGGAGCAUACAGCAUGGAUGUGGUGGCCAGCACUGCUUUCAGUGUGGACAUCGACUCACUUAACAACCCCAAUGACCCCUUUGUCACCAACAUCAAGAAAAUGCUCAAGUUCAACAUUUUCAACCCCUUUCUUCUCUUAAUAAUGUUCUUCCCUUUUACCAUUCCCCUCCUGGAGAAGAUGAACUUCUCUUUAAUGCCCGCCGCUGUCAUGGACUUCUUCUACACCUCGCUGAGGAAGAUCAAAGCCGAGAGGGAGACCAGCUCUCAAAAGAGUCGAGUGGACUUCCUCCAGCUGAUGAUGGAUUCCCAGGGGUCGGAGACUGAGGGCAAUCAGCGAGAGGAAACGCCAAAUAAAGGGCUAAGUGACCACGAGAUUCUGUCGCAGUCGAUGAUCUUCAUCUUCGCCGGCUAUGAGACCACCAGCAGCACCCUGUCCUUCCUCUUCUACAACCUGGCCACCAACCCCGAGACCCUGGAGAAACUGCAGCAGGAGGUUGACCAGGUCUUCCCAGAAAGGGCUCCAGUGUCCUAUGAGGGCGUGAUGCAGAUGGAGUAUCUGGACAGUGUUCUGAACGAGACCCUGCGCAUCUUCCCUGUGGUGCCACGCGUGGAGAGGGUCAGCAAGAGGACCGUCGACAUCAACGGCAUCACCAUCCCCAAGGGGACAAUCGUCAUGGUGCCCGUCUACGUGCUCCACAGAGACCCAGACGUCUGGAGCGACCCCGAGAGCUUCAAACCGGAAAGGUUCAGUAAGGAGAACAAGGAGAGCAUUGACCCGUACACCUACAUGCCAUUCGGACUCGGCCCCAGGAACUGCAUCGGGAUGCGCUUCGCCCUGGUCAGCAUGAAGCUGGUCGUCGUGGAGGUGCUGCAGAGAUUCACCGUCGCCGCCUGCGAGGAGACGCAGGUUCCUGUGGAACUGGACAACCAGGGUCUCUUGGCGCCUAAGGAACCCAUUAAACUCAAGCUCAUCCCGCGGACAUUGUCUCACGGUACAUCAACGGAAUAGGACAGCACACCUGCUGUUUGUGGACACUCCUUAAAACUCAGCUACUUUAAUUUGUUUUGGUCAGUAAAACAAUGUGUUAAAACAUAAUUUAGCAAUUUAACAUAACACAAACAUGGAAACUUUGGUGUAAGUGAGAUAGUGAACUUAAUAGCAUUCUGGUAGCAGUGAGGUGCAGUUUGCAGUGAGGUGCAUUACCAUUUCAAAUGUAUGUUAACUUCUUUUACCCAAACGUCUUGCUGUACAUUAUCCAUUUUAAACUGUCUGUGUAUUAGAUUAGAUUUUGCUGAUAAAAUACAAAUUAGUUAAUAGAGUAAAAAGAAAAAAUCUUACCUCUGCAUCAUCUGAAGUAAUCAAAUGGGGCUUCUGGUCGAGGGGAUGAAAAUGGACAUUUAGUGUGUGUGUGUGUGUGUGUGUGAGUGAGAGUUUGUGUGUAAGUGUGUGUGUGUGUUUGAGAGAGAGAGAUAGAGAGAGAAAGAGAGUUUGUGUGUAAGUAUGUGUGUGUGUGUGUGAGAGAAAGAGGGUGAAAGGGUGAACUAUUUUGAGCAAAUUACAUUUAAAUGUUAAUGUUUAGUUUUUUUUGUCAGAAUUUUAUAAUAUGAAGAAAAUAAAGUUUUUUUUUAUCAAUUUU